AUGGGUAAAAAAGUCAGUCCCCUCGAGAAGCCCGAGUACGGCGACGAGGUCGGUCCCAUCGGCAACCGGCGAUGCACCGACAUUCCCUUUCUUGUCCUGUUCCUCGUCUUCUGGGCGGCCAUGUUCUACGUGGCCUUUAUUGCCAUCAAGACCGGCAAUCCCAGCAAGCUCCUAUACCCAACCGACUAUCUCGGAAACACCUGUGGCACCAACAACACCGCCGUCAACUCCUCUCUGCUUGACAUGUCGCUCAAGCCAUACUCGUACUUUCUCAAUCCCAUCGACCUCACCACGAGCGCCCAGAUCUGCAUCAGCUCAUGCCCGACCACCAUGGUCGUCUAUGCCUCGUCGACUCCAACAACGGGAACAACUUACUGCAAGUACACCGUCACGUCGGCCACGCUCUCCUCGGCGAUUCUGUCUGGAGACUGUGCUCCGUUUGUGUAUGCAUCUGAGGCCGUGCUCAACCGAUGCGUGCCCACGCAACCCAUUCCUGCCAGUGCGCUGUCAUCCCUCGGGUCCCUCAGCGUCACGACCGGCAACACCACCGUCAGCAUCAACUCGCUCCUCAGCGAUGGCCAGACCUUUCUCACCCAGGCCGUCAGUGAUCUCCAGGUGGCAUACCUGUGGCUGAUCGGCGGAGCCGUCGCCGCACUCAUCAUUGCCUUUAUCUGGCUGCUGCUGCUGCGCUGGUUUGCGGGCGUCUUUACCUGGCUCAUCAUCAUCGCCACCAACGUGGUCUUUAUCGGCGGCGCCAUCUGGCUCUACUUUUUCUGGACCCAGACCCGCGACAGCUACAACAGCCUUAGCACCCAGUAUCAGACCGACAUUCUAAAGUACGAGGUCUACGGCACCAUGGCAGCCUUCAUCGUCGUCGCCGUUCUUGCCGUCAUCCUGCUCCUGGUCACUCUGGUCCUGAUCAAGCGAAUCCGCAUCGCGAUCGAAGUCAUCAAGGAGACUUCCCAUGCCGUCGCAACCAUGCCAUUUAUCUUGCUCUAUCCAUUCGUCAUGUGGCUGUGCUCCCUGAUCCUGCUGGCAUACGGCAUCAUCAUCAUGCUGUAUCUGGCCUCGCCCAGCGGCGCCGUCUCCAUCACCGGUCUGGGCUUCACCCUCAGCAGCUCAAACAUGACCACGUACCUGGAGUGGUUUCAUCUCUUUGGCUUCCUCUGGGGAUGGUACUUUAUCUCGGGCUUCCAGACACUGACGAUCGCCGGCGCAUUUGCGGCAUACUACUGGACCCUCGACAAGUCGCACACCCCUCCGCGCAAGCUGCUGGGCUCCAUCUAUCGGGCCUUCCGCUACCACCUCGGCAGUAUUGCUCUGGGAUCGAUGCUCAUCGCUCUCGUCCAGAUCCUCCGGAUCCUGUUUGCGUAUCUCGGCAAGCAGGCCAAGGCCACACAGAACAAGGUGCUCCAGUACAUCUUUGCCUGCAUCGGAUGCUGCCUGGCUCUGGUCAAGAGGAUCCUGCAGUUCAUCAGCAAGAACGCAUACAUCCACAUUGCCGUCCGCGGCACAUCCUUUUGCAGCGCAUGCUCUUCGGCCUGUGGAUUGAUCAUCCGCAACGCCCUCCGAGUCGUGGCCGUCACGUUUGUGUCCGAGUUCAUCAUGCUCCUGAGCACCGUCGUGAUCACGGGCUUGACCGGCUUUAUUUCGUACAUUCUUCUCGGGUGGAAGGGCAGCUACCUGAACCUGCAGAUUCCGCUGGUGCCCGUUAUCUUCAUUGCCAUCGAGGCCUUUAUCAUCUCGCUGGUUUUCAUGUCGGUCUAUUCUGCUGGCAUCAACGCCAUCUUCAUGUGCUUCCUGGAGGAUUCGGAGCGCAACGAUGGAUCGCCCACGCGGCCGUACUACAUGUCCGAGGCCCUGCAGAGGAUCACAUCAUCGCAAAACACCGAGGAAAAGCCGAAGAAGGCGACUGGACGCAAGGCGCGCAAGAUCCACGAUUCCAGAGAGAUGGUCGAGGAGGAGUACUAG